CCUCCUGUCCUGAGUUCAGCAGCUGGCGGUUGUCCUUUAUCGUCCUGGAGUUGAGUUUCACCUUGUUCAGUUCAGAAUUUCAGCACCCGACAUGAGUAAGUGUCAUAGUGAGCUGACCCAGAGGGAGCAACAGCUGCUGAGAAGUCGUCGAGACAGUGACACUAAGGCUGGGGAGCUUGCCAAGAUGGAGAAGAUGCUUCAGCAAACCAAGAGCCUGCUGGACAGGAAGGCAGAAGAAGCGUCAGACAGCAGGGGCUACCAGGAGAACAUGGUUGAGGAUCUGGAGGAGAAGGUGCGCUCCAGCAGACGGUACAGAAGAAACUCCCUCCACCACACGCAGAUGCUGGAAAGCCAGAUGAAAACAGUGAAAGGUGAGCUGGUGGGCACCCUGGACCACCUUCAGGAGCUGAGGAACGUCCUGCGGCGCUCGCAGCAGAAAGCAGAAGAGCGCACGGCCGCCAUGGAGAAGCUGGCUGCAGGGCUGAGGUGAAGGGCCUCUUCAUUCUGCAAACAUUCCAACAAAGGCCAUUUAUUUGGACUUUAAUGAUGAUUGAAAGUAAAAAUUCUUGCUCCUCUCAGCAGACGUCCUGCUAGAAAACUUUAUGUAAAUAAAUUAAAUUCAACACUAGUUCCGUGUUCUAGUAUCAACAAUAUAACUUUUUUUUUUUUUUUGAUGAAUGCAGAAAUCUUAUAAAACAAACAAUAUAUGUAUUAAUAAUUUAUUGUCAGGACAUACAGCUGCAUCCUCUUGCAGUGUAAAUCCUUACUGUAACACCACAUGAAGAAGGUAAUGUUCAUCAUCUUCAUGCUCUUGUCUCUGAUACUAAGUGACGCUGUGUGUAUGCUCAUAUAAACCUGGUCCUGGGUAAGUGAUGAUGGUCACAGCAGAAAUGUUUUGGAAAGUUUGUAAAUCUUGAGAAGUGAUGUGAAGAGAAAAGAACCUUUACUGAUGGAUUUAAACUGUGGACACCUGGACGGGACAUUGAGACAUCAGCUGCUCACCGCUUAGUUGGCCAGAGGGGGCGCUAGAGGCUGCUCAGAGAGAAAAACAGCAGUUCUUCUCCUGUGUUGGCAUGAUUUUGUACUUCAUCAGCAGCAAAGUGUUGUUUAGAAAAAAUUAAGAAAAGCCACCAGAAACUAUAAAGAUGAUCAACAAUGUUUGAGUAUGAAGCAAACAGCAAAUCAACUGCAAAAAAUAAAUAAACAUUGUUAAUUUAACUUGUGAUAUGUAGAGAUUAUUAACAUAUACUUUGUGUAAUCUAAUUUAUGUGUAGAAUAAAAUUAUAGAUUGUG